UUAUGGAGACACUAUAACAGGUCUUAUAUGAAACGUUUUUAUCAUAGUAUUUUAGCCUAUAUUAAACAAUAAUUAAACUAUUGCAUUAAAGUUAGUAGGCUAAACUGUAUAAAAAUCAGUAUCGAAGUGUGAUCAGUUAACAUUACAGGUGUAUUUCAAGUGUCAGCUUAAAAGGGUUUAAGGAUCUUCAAAGUGGAUCUUCAAAAGGUAAUUUCCUUUGACUUCCAGCUUUACAAAGAGGUGUUAAUGGACCUAUAUUAAAUACAUUAAUACCUCAGUUAAAAAGAUACAGGGGGUACAAAUACAACUCUCUGGCUGCGUGUCAUUAUUAAGACAGAGCAAGAGGAGAGAGAGUGAAGUCAGCACCAGCUUCUCUAGGCCCCUACUUGAACAUGGCAACUCAGAAAUUUUCAGACUUCUCUAUUGAUUACAUCUUGGGAGACGCCAGCAAACAAACAGCAGAAUCACCUGGAGUGGAUCAUCCAGCAUCUUCUCAGGAUUUCCAAGGGCACUUGACCAAACUGGACCUGCUCUACCAGGAUGGAUGUAGAGGUCAUUGUGAGCAUGCAGCACUGAUGGUGAACUUUCCAUCUUCAUCAUGGGCAGGAAUGUACAGCUGCUGUGUUCCAGUCUCAUAUUAUCAACCACCUUUUCAUUCAAAUUACUAUGCAGGUCAGCAGUGGCCUUUUGCCGUAUCAGGAUGUGAAACAGCUGAGAAUCACUUCCACCAAACUGUAGGUCAGAGACAGCGCAGUCGAAUCCGAACGGUGUUCACCGACAACCAGACGGAGCAGCUCGAGCGGCUCUUCGCCAUCACGGACUACCCGACCGCUGAAACCCGGGCGGAGUUGGCCAAGAACACCGGCCUCAGCGAGGAGACUGUGCGGGUGUGGUUCAAGAAUCGACGAGCACGCAGAAAGAGACAGACAACCUGCCCUGACAAAAACGCGAGGCGCGCUCACGAUGAUCAUCAGGAAUCAGAUUAAUUUAUGAUUGAAACAUGUCAACACAGGCUCAAUGACUUUUUAAUGAUGUUCUUCAAAAGUACACUUAUGUUUACAGUUAAAAAUGUACAUUUUUUACACAAAUAAACAUUUUCUCAGUGAA